AUGCUCGCACCUCUGUUUCAUCUAUCUCAGUCAGACGUCCACUUAUUCAUCAAACUGCAUAUACCUCUUGGAGACCUUGGCAACUCCGAGCUCCUGGUUGAAGAUGGAAUUUUAUACUUCACAGCGCCGCCCUACUAUCUGAGGCUUGGACUGCCCGGUGACGUGCUUGAGACGGAGGAUCACAUUCAGUUCAAGUUGGACAAGGGAGAUUUGCUUGUGACUCUUACGAAGGCGGAACCGGGCCAAAUUUUCAAGGAUUUGGAUCUACUAUCCAAAUUCAUCAUCAAGCCGACAAAAACCGAUUCAUUGCCCAUGAAGGGUGGUAUCAAAAUGCUGGAUGACUCUGUUGAGAAGGAACCAGAAGAGCACAAAUAUGAGUGGCUCAAAUGUCUUGAGAAAUCGGAAGAAAAAGAAGAACAAGAACAAGAAGAAUCGUCUGCUGACUUUUGUGAGCCCGAAGCCUCGGCACCAGCUCUAUCUGCAGUCGUUCCCUGGAUGUGUCAGCAAAAGGGCGAAACGGACGCGGAAGUCCUGCGACCUCCGCUUACAGACGAACAUAGGCAUCGACUCAUAGUUCUUGCCGAUCAUAGUCUUCCUCUGCUUCCACCAGUGACCAGCUGCUCUUCGGAUGAACUGGAUCGUACCUACCUGUAUCUGGGCCUGCUUGAUCUUCUGUUGGCCUUCACGCACGACUUUUGUGUCCGUGAGGGUGAUGAGAAUUCUGAGUCGGCCUGGGUCAUCGUGAAACUUGCCUCCACUCUUUCCUGGCUAGAGGUCUGUUCAGUUGGCAUGCUGAAACAAGCUCUUUUUUCUGCUAUUUUGUCGUUUCAUACAAAGUCCUGGUGCCUCUAUAUCCUGCUGGAGAUAAGACGCAUGCUUGUGGACUAUCCGGGCUACUAUAUUUUCGCCGAUCUUUUCCUCGACGACUACAUUGUCUGGCUGCAGACUGCGGCGAGUGUGACCGUCCUCAAAGACCUUGGAGAACAUUUAGCAGCGUACAAAAUGAAGAAAGAAUAUGUGGAUUUAUCCCUGCGCGAACUGGAGCAACUGUCCGCGGAAAUCAUUGAAAGUGAAAAGUUGGCCAGCGACCUGGGUGCUGUCACG